GUAAGACUUUUUGAAAUCCCCUCUUUCUCUCUCAUACUCUACAACACCAACUAUAAGAACAAGAACAACCAGCACGCAGCAACAACAUCCACUGUCACCAGCUAGAGAGAGAAACAACACAUACAAAACUCAAACUAAGAUGCUUCAUAAUAUCACCAAAUUAAUCACUCACUUCAAUUAUUAAUUUCUCCUUAAGCUUACAGUUCAACAUCAAUCGACCAACCAACCGGUGAAAGUCCCUCUUCUUUUUAGGAUCAUUUGUUUAAUCUUAAACAAAGUAAUCAUACCUUAUUGCUGAAAUUUGUUAGUUGAGCUCUCGAAUUCGCACGUCAUUUUCUCUCUCCUAUGGUUUUGGGUUAGUUGACUCCAUUUUAAAGCAAUUGUAUUUUGCUUUUUCUCACAUGGGUUCUUCUUCAUUUUGCUUCAUUUUAUGGAAUCAGCUGGUAAAGGGGGAUUAAUUGAUUGGUUUUGUUGAUUUUGGGAUGAAUUUCGUGGCUAAAAGCUCGAAUUUCGAAAUGGGUAGGAGCAGAAGAAGUAAGGUGAUAUUGGGUUUUCGGUGGAAGAGGAAAUUAGGGUUUGUUGUUACGGUUUUUCUGUUUAUGUUGUCGGGUUUUGUUUUCCGACCGGUGACGUGUUUGAGACCAUUGAGAGAAAGAACAAGGUCUUGGGGUGAUGAGUGGCUCUUUGUCAAGAAGGAGGACAAUAACAUGGCGCCCUUUUCUAGUUGGAACAUAAGUGGAACCUACAGAGGUACUUGGAAUUUUUUGGAGUCCUCAAAUAGCUCAUCUAGAUUUCCAGAUUUUAAGAGAUCUGAUGGGAACUCUGUAAUUGAGUUGAUGAGUACCCCAACAAAAAUUACUGGUGUACAUUAUGUUCAGGGAGUAAUUAUCUUUCAUGACGCUUUUGAUGAUGAUCAUGAAGGAGGUGGUGCUCAAAUUCGAGUAGAAGGUGUAUAUAUCUGGCCGUUUAGGCAACUAAGAAUGGUGGCAAACAGUGGCAUCAUGUGCAGUGGAAAAGAUGGUGAUCGAGGUCCAGAAGAAGACUACCUGUUAUCUAAUCCGUAUCACUUGCUUGGAGUCUUCUCAUCACAGGUGUUUCAAGAUUCCCCACGUGAUAAGAUUUGGAGAAGAAAGAAAUCACAAGUUCGUGAUAUAGAGAAACAUUGCAAUAUUGAAAUUGCAGCUCAAAUUUCACGUGUUGCAUCUUUGCAAAAUGAUGGAGAUCAUGAUCAGUACCAUUUAGAGGGAUUGAUGGAAUCUCCUUCUGCGGAUGAAGAUGGAGACUGCUUUUCUCCAUUAUCAUUAAACGCUACCUCUGUCAAUAUAGAGGUCUAUUACAACAAAGCUGUCAAUUAUACACUGAUGGUUACCUUUGUCUCCUUUCUUCAAGUUCUUCUGUUGAUUCGACAAAUGGAACAUAGCAAUACCCAAUCUGGGGCUGCCAAAGUUUCCAUAUUGAUGAUCGGUCAGCAGGCUAUUAUGGAUGCUUAUUUUUGUCUUCUACAUCUGACAGCUGGAAUACUAGUAGAAUCUCUGUUUAAUGCUUUUGCAACUGCUGCCUUCUUCAAGUUUGUGGUGUUCUCUAUAUUUGAGAUGCGGUAUCUCUUAGCUAUAUGGAAGGCAAGUAGGCCUGCUAAUAGCGGUGAAGGUUGGGAAGCCAUGAGACGUGAACUAUCGCUUCUGUACAGCCGAUUCUAUGGUAUACUCUUGGGAGGCAUCUUGAUUAUGUACGAGUUCCAUAAUUUUCUGCGGCUAAUUAUUCUCCUCAUGUAUUCUUUUUGGAUACCUCAAAUAAUUACCAAUGUUGUUCGUGAUUCAAGAAAACCGCUGCACCCUCAUUACAUCUUAGGCAUGACUAUUACUCGAUUAGCAAUUCCUUUGUACGUAUUCGGUUGUCCUAACAACUUUAUGCGAAUUGGGCCCGAUAAGAUAUGGUGUAUAUGCUUAAGUUCAUUUAUGGGACUUCAGUCGCUCGUGCUCCUACUUCAGCACUACCUUGGAUCACGAUGUUUUAUACCUCGUCAGAUCCUACCUGAGAAAUAUAGCUAUUAUAGACGGUUCAAUCAAGAUGGAAACCGUACCACAGAUUGUGUCAUUUGCAUGACUUCCAUUGAUCUUUCGGAACGCUCUAGUGACUGCAUGGUGACACCUUGUGAUCAUUUCUUCCAUUCUGGUUGUUUACAAAGGUGGAUGGAUAUAAAGAUGGAAUGUCCAACAUGUCGCCGAUCUUUGCCACCUGCCUGACAAUAGAUUUCCACACUUAUAAGUUGUAGAGCAAAGCCCAUGAACAUAUUGCAGGGUUUAAGAUAUAAAGCAUGUAAUUAAUGUUUCAAGCCGUAUGGUGACGAUUUUCAAGUCGCAGCUGACGAAGGACAGUCAGAGACUCAGAUGGACAAACCAAUUGUCAUUUAAUUGUAACAGAGGAGGGCUUGUAGCCCAGGUAUUCUUUCAUGUAUAUUAAUUUUGUACAUUAUAUCUCUGAUGACUGAUAUACGGUGUAGCUUUGUUAAUGAAAGAAGAAAAAAGGGGGGAAAGACGGGUUGUUCAAUGUGCCCACUGCGCAGUCAUAUAAACAUUUUUCCCCUGCGAUACCAGAUAGAACGGACAGUGCUCCUGUUGUUAAUUGCUAAUCACAUAUUCACUCGCAUGCUCAAACAAACUUAUAUAUUGAUUCUUGAUCUGGAAGUUCGAUGUCUA